GCCACUGGAUGCUAUCAACGCCCAGUGGGAGAACAGUGGGGCAUAUCCAUGAGCCAAACAUCGAUAAGCCGUUUCAUACACCGUGUGACUGACGCAAUCAACAAUUCAAUGUUUAACACCAAAGUGAAGUUCCCUAUGACGCAACUGGAGUGCCAAGCGGCAAAGGAAAUUUUUGCGUCUUCACCUUCACCAUUUGUAGCAGGAACUAUCGGUGCAAUCGACUGCACUCAUGUUUCAAUUUUGGCUCCCAAAAAUAAUGAAUCCAAUUAUGUCAAUCACCAUGGGUACCAUUCAAUCAACGUGCAAAUGAUAUGUGAUUCAAAUCUUAAAAUUUUAAACUUGAAUGCAAAAUUUCCGAGAGCACGACAUGAUUCCUUUAUUUGGAGCUUCUCUGCAGCGCGUCGGGUCAUGCAGCGAUCAUUUGAAACUGGAAAUCACAACACGUUUUUGAUUGGUAAUAUGAAUAGGAAUAUUAAAAGAAAAUAA